AUGGCAGCACCAUUUGAACAAUGGUAUAGAAGUGUACCAAUAGUCACAAGAGUCUACAUGACAGGAUGUGUCGUAACAACGGCAUUAGUGUCCUUUGACUUGAUCACUCCUUUUGAUCUCUAUCUCAACUUUCCUCUCAUCAUGAACAAGUACGAAGUAUGGAGACUCUUGACAAACUUUUUAUUCUUUGAUGUUCUUACCUUGAACUUUGUACUUCAUAUAGUCAGAAAUAGUAAAUUAUUAGAAGAGGGAUCUUUUAGAGGAAGAUCAGCAGAUUAUAUAUACAUGUUUCUAUUUGGAAUCAUUUCAUUAUUGGUAUGUCUUCACACAAGUCAAUCCUAUCCAUAUAUAAGUAUGAGUGGAUUUUUAUAUUAUACAAAGAUAUUUAACAAGACAAUGUUUUUAGGACCGGCAUUGGAAUUGAUGGUGGUUUACGUUUGGUCUAGAAGAAACCCAAAUAUUGUAAUCCAUUUCUUUGGACUUUUUACAUUUAGCGCACCUUUUUAUCCAUGGGUUAUCCUUGGUAUCAGUUAUCUCUUGAAACAAAGUAUCGAGAAUGAUAUCAUGGGUAUCAUUGUCGGACACAUUUAUUAUUAUCUCGAAGAUGUUUAUCCUACCAUUUCAGGUAGAAGAUUAUUACAAACUCCUGGUAUUCUUAAAUAUUUUAUAAAUGAUCAACCGGGAAUUAUGAUUGAUGGUCAUCUUAUUAGAGAUCCAGAGCUUAUUAGGGAAAUACAGGAACAACGAGAAAGAGAGCAACAACAAGAAUUAGAAUUAUAUUUAGCAAUGAAAAGAAUAACCAAUUUUAUGACUAUUGUGUUGUUGUUGGUAACAACCAUGGUUGAAAUAUCAUUGUCAUCUCCAUUCUCAUCGUCAUCGUCAACGUCAUCAUGUUGUGUUGGUACACUCGAUCAAAAUAACAAUACCAUAUGCCAAGCUGAUGCGCCAUACUAUGACUCGUUCUUUGUACAUUAUGAUUGUAUUGGAUUGAUGGUUUCAAACAAUGGAACAAACUAUUGCAAUGAAUGUAAAACUGAAUUGGGCAAUGGAUCAGUUGCUCUCAUCAUUGUCGUUCCAAUUAUCUUGGUGGUCGGUCUAUUUUGUCUCUGCAUCUGUUGUUGUUGUUGCAAGAAACCAAACAAAAAAUACAUUUAUACUUCCAUUCCCGAUUCCUCUCCACAUCCAUACUAUCACACGGCUCAUACCUAUCAACCAUAUGGAGGUGUCCCCAAUAAUAGUAAUAAUAUUAGUGGUCUUGCUAUCCCAACCACUUCCUCUUACUACACUCCUCAAUCUUCCUCCCAUACCUCUCCUUACCAACCAAUAUAA